CAUGAAUUUCUCCAGAGGGAAAUGAGUCAGCUGUCAAAUGUGAAAAAUUGAAAACAAAGAAUUUUUAUUAUUUUCUGUGAUUUUCUUGCAGGAGAAAACGUAUUAAAUUAAUUCAUUAAGUGCAGGAAAUUGGCAUUUUUCCGGGAUGCAGGACAAUCGCCCAGAACUCUACGAGGAAGUAAAGGUGUACAGGAAUGCCAGAGAACGAGAGAAGCACGAUAAUAUGGCUGAGCUGUAUGCCGUGAUAAAUACAAUGCAGAACCUGGAGAAGGCAUACAUCUGGGAUUGUAUCACACCACAGGAGUACACGGCAGCUUGUAGUAAGCUUCUCGUGCAGUACAAGGUGGCCUUUAAGCAGAUUCAGGGAACAGAGUAUCCCAAUGUUGAGGCAUUCGUGAAGAAGUACCGACUUGACUGCCCAGCCGCCCUGGAGCGCAUCCGCGAGGAUAGACCGAUCACAAUAAAGGAUGACAAGGGGAACACGAGCAAGUGCAUUGCGGACAUUGUGAGUCUCUUCAUUACGCUCAUGGAUAAGCUUCGGCUGGAAAUUAAGGCCAUGGAUGAGCUGCAUCCAGAGCUGCGGGAUCUCGUGGACACCAUGUCACGGCUCUCACUCAUCCCCGAAGACUUUGAGGGGCGCACCAAAGUUGCCGGAUGGCUCAGUACGCUCAAUGCCAUGCAAGCCUCAGAUGAGCUGUCCGAAGCUCAAGUUAGGCAGCUCCUCUUUGACCUCGAGUCCUCAUAUGCGGCAUUCAAUAAUCUCCUACACUCCACGUAAUCCCAGUUUAAAGAGAAAAAAAUCCUUCAUAAAAAUAUCAUUCGCUACCUUACUCAAUAAAAUGAUUUAAAUAUCCAAA